ACUAUAUUGCUACUUUAUUUACAACAUCCUGAAAAACCACGGCCGUGAGAUUGAGAGCCUCCGUGAGGUGUUACUGAGGGUUGGUCAGAUGGCCUUCACUGGAGUGGCUGAGAAGAACAUUGUGUUCACAGAUGGAGAUUUGAUCAAAUACAAUCUGCAGCCUUCCCAGUUCCUGUCCGGGUUCCUGAUGGAACUUUUGGAGAGAGAGGAUUCAGCCCGGAGCGUGGUGUACACCUUCCCGCACCUCACCAUCCAAGAGUUUGUAGCCGCACUCGCACAAUUCCUGACUGUAGAUCCCGGGAAUAUCGUGAAAUUCCUGUCUGAAGCCCACAGCACGACAGACGGGCGAUUUGAAGUAUUUCUCCGUUUUGUCGCUGGUCUCUCCUCCCCACGGACAGCUUGGAUCCUGGAGGAGUUUCUGGGUAAAUUCCCUCAUCAAACAAUCUGCCGAGUGAUUGACUGGGUGAAGGAGGAGGUUAAACGCCGGGCUGGAAACACAAAGAGUGAAGCUGAUAAACGGAGGCUCCUGAACACGCUGCACUACCUGUUUGAGUCUCAGAAUCCUGCACUGGCUCAGCAGACACUGGGAUCUGUGGAAACACUUUCAUUCUAUGGACUGGGACUGACCCCGAUUGACUGUGCGGUCCUGUCUCAUGCCAUCAGGCCCUGUGAUACAAUCAAACACCUCGAUCUGGAUAGCUGCCGCAUUCAGUGUGAAGGUCUCCAGCGGCUGGGACCGGUUCUGCACAAGUGUCAGUGCUUGGGACUGGGAAACAACGACCUGGGAGAUUCCGGAGUGAAACUGGUGUCUGAUGCUCUGAGGAACCCGGACUGUAAAAUACAGGCACUGCGGCUGGAUUAUGUCGGUCUCACAGAUUCUGGAGCCGAGGAUCUCGUAUCCGCUCUCAGUACAAACCAUACGGUGAUGGAGCUGCACCUGAGUGGGAAUAAACUGGGAGAUUCCGGAGUGAAACUGGUGUCUGAUGCUCUGAGGAACCCGGACUGUAAAAUACAGACACUGGAGCUUAAUAAGGUCGGUCUCACAGAUUCUGGAGUCGAGGAUCUCGCCUCCACUCUCAGUACAAACCCCUCACUGACGGAGCUGGACCUGAGCAACAACUCCCUCACAGACCGAUGUGUCCCUGCUCUCCGCCGCCUCAUAUUGAACCACCCGAGACUGGAGCUGAUCGGGCUGGGGAGGAAUACGUUCAGCCCGACCGGGGAGAAGGAACUGAAGUCGCUGCAGGAACCUAGACCCGGACUGAGAGUGGUUGUGUGAACAUCUUGUGGUAUAAACGUCCCACCCUGGGGACCGGAAUAUUGUUGGCCGAUUCCCUGCCCCUCCCCUUUAAACGGCCGCCCUCCCCUUUAAACGGCCGCCCUCCCCUUUAAGCGCAGACGCUUCCCGGGCCGGGCGGGCGGUGACAUCAGAGGCGACCCUGUCCGCAGUCACGUGACUCGUGUACGCGGCGCUGAUGAUGAUGCCGGAUAUCCAGUGCUGCCCCCAGUGGGGGACGGGGGAAUUACAGCGGGGGGUACCUGCAGGAUCCCAGAUGUGACUUUAUCAGCUCCUUCCUGCUGUGGAUUGAUGGUGACAACAUCAGCAGCAACAUUGUUCAAACUAUUCAUUCACACAGCAAUGUCUGUUACUGCUGUAAAUCACAUGUAAAUAGUUAAUGACUAAAUAACAUUGAAAGUUA